AUGCGGGCGGUGUGUGCUAGGGGACCUUAUACCAGGUACGGUUACGGGGCGCGGGGGGGGGGGGAAACGCAGAGGGAAGGAGUGGAGUGCUCGGACAUCGAGGACAUCGAAUCAAGCUAUCAAGGCAUUCGCUCACAUGCGAGCACGGGCAUGGAUACGGAUGUGAGGGAACCGCCACAUGUCAUCUUCAUCCAGAUCCGGAGACAAGUGCGGGUGCGGCUUGUCAAGCGCCUGGAGCAAAUGGCGGAUCUCGGUGGAUACGACUCUUCCCCAGUACGCAUCGUAUCUAUGUCCUCGUUUGCCUUGCUCUUGGAUGCUAGCCCAGGCAAAGCGGGUCUUGAAGUCUGCGAAGAUGGCGAAACCGUACGUGUUGCCCACCGCGAUUCACGGCCCAGCCUCCGAGGCGCUAGCCCAUAUGGAACCGAAGAGAGCCCCACGGAGGAGGUCCACCCAACGUACCGCCUUUCCCGCGCCUUUACGGGAGGCACACCGGGUGCAGCGCCCUUCCUUGCCGAGGGUCCUCUUAGGACCUGGCUGUCCGAUGGCUUUCACACCAGUAUUGCCUGUUUGGGACUCAUUUCAACGCGCGGUGCCGGGUCACAGUCGGAAAGCACCCGAAGCCCGAAGGCGUUGCCCAGGCGCCCUGCUGGACCCACGGCCACCUCACCUUCCCGCAGAUCUACGUCCUCUACGAUCGCGUCUUCAGCCCCUGCUUUGGCCGCAGAGGACACUUUGCACGCAGCACUGGAGGUGUUGCUGGGGCUGCAGCGACCCAGCGUGCUGCUGGAGUGCCUGCACGCCGCCUUCUCCGGCCCUGCGGCAACCGGCGGCGGCUUGGCUCUAUGGUGCAAGGAGCUUCACGAAGCCGCGAACAGCAGGGGUGCCAGCGGCGGCGCGCAGGAUAGCGGCAGCGGAAGCAGCAUGAACACCUUCGUUGGCAGUAGCGAUUACGGUAAGGACGGCGGCCGUAGCAGCAGGAGCAGUAGUCGUGGCCGAGGCGCGAGCGGAGGCGGCGGCACCGGCAGCGCGCAACGGCGGAGCAACACCGCCGCCACUGCUGCCGCCGGUACGGCGACGGCACAAGCUGGCGGCGGCGACGGCGGCGCCAGCUGGCGUGAUCUCAUGGCGGAAGCGGUGACAGAGGCGAUGGCCGAUUUCUCUCUGGACAGUGCGUCUGGCGUGAAGGCCGCCGCGGGGCCUCGAGGCGGUGGAGCCCGGCACAUGAGCGCCGGCUUCAGCGGGCCUGCGCGGGCCUCGACCGCGACUUGUACUUCUGGAGCGACGCGUGGGUCGGCCAGCGGCGGAGCCGCCGCCAUGCCAUCAAGCAGCUGCGUGCACGCGGCCUCCGUAGCGGAAGCCAUUGCUGCGCUGCAUGCUGCUUUUUGCCGCAGUAGCCUCUGGCGGCGCCGGGACCCCAGCCGGCACCUACGUCCUCCUGCUGAAGCUGCCGCCACCGCUGACGGCACGCGCGUGGGCACGGCCGCCACCAGCGCUGCAGCUGCUCCUUCCCCGGGCUCCCUGUUGGAGCCGGCGGUACCGCCGGAGGGCCCCGCUGCAGUGCAGCUCUUCGUACGACUGGGUGUGAGGUUGAACAACAUGUCCUCCCAGGGGCAUCGAAACGAACCGCAGCAGGAGCAGCUGGGGAGGGCGGCUGGGUCUGCCAGGGCUGGCGCUGCGGCACAUGGCGGUCGCAAGCAGCCACCUGACGGGGUCUGGACCACCAUAGAUCUUGUCUUCUUAGGCUGCGGCGGCAGCGCUCCAAGACCGCUGCAGAGCACCGGCCCCGGCGCGCAAGGCAGUGAGCUGUGUCGGCAAUUGGCGCCGCUGCUAGCCGGCAAUGUGGCCCCGCACCUGCUGGUGGUGCUGCCCGCCAGCCUGUCGCCCGAUGAUGAGGCGGAACCCGGGCGGGAGGAGUGCGCAGUGCUGGGCACGCUGAAGCUCAUCUCGGAGGCUCGAGCGAUUCGUACCGUCGUCACGAAGAGCGAGCCGCCGCCACCUUUGCUCGGCAGCAGUGGCGCCGGCGGCAGCGGCCGCGCAGCUACUGCUGCGUCCCGUCCAGUUUCGGCAUCCUUACCUGAGCCGUUGGCAGCAGCAGCAGCGGCGGCGGCGGCGGUGGCGGCUUCGCCCUGUGACCGCGACCGCCAGGUGGCGUCGCUGCUGCGGCUGAGGCACAGCCAAGAGAUGAAGGACGUCGUACAAGCCUACAACCGUGCUGCCGCCGCGGCCGCCGCCGCGGCUGUAACAACAGUCCCCGUACCGGAGCCGCUGAUCCCUGGCGCGGGAGAUUUCUGGGAGCCCCAGGACUCCGAGGAUGGAUCCGUCCUGGGCCUGGGCCGGCAUCACGGCACCGCCAUCAGCGAUACGAACUCCGCGCGCAUAAGAGCCAGCAGUGGCAGCCUUGGCCGCACCGGCACAUCUGCUGGCAUCGGGGGCGGUGGUGGUGGUGGUGGUGGUAGUGGUGCUGCUGCCGCGACGGCAGGGUUUCGGAGCAGCGAGGGCGGUUGGUUGGAUGACCUGGCAGCCGAUACCAUCGGCGCUGCAUCACCUAUCGCCGCCGCUGGCCCGGCCGCGUCGCGCCAAACUGGUUCCGGAGCAUCUCUCCUGGACCUCCGGCGGUCGGAGGAGCUUCCCUGGAGGCAAGUUCCGCUGCCGUUGCCGUCGCCGUCUCAGUCUUGGUCGCCAUCUCAGUUCGCAGCUGACGCAGUGUUUGCAGCUGGGAGCGGGAGCCGGAGCGGCGGGCUCGUUGAUAAGGCGGAUGACGCCGUCACGAGCCGGCGCACAGCACCCGCCGCCGCCGCGGUGCCUGGACGCCUCCUGUUCUCCCGACACGCCCUGGACCUCCACGCCGCCGGCCGCGACCUGUUGACUUCACGGGGCAGCCAUCCGGCGGGGCGGGUGCAGGUCGAGCGCCAUGUGGACGACGCUGGCGAUGGAGGUGGAGGUCGAGGUGGGGAUGCAGGCACCAGCUAUACCGGAGGCGGUGCAGCGGCGGCGGCAAUGCCCAGGCGUUGUGGCGCAGGGCCGGAAGCUGGGACCGGCCGGACUAGAAUGGGACGAAUGCAGCGGCGACUGGAGGAGUUGCAAAACGCGAGGCUUCAGAGGGAGAAGGCUGCGGCGGCGGUGGCGGCAGUGCCGCUUGCUCGAGCCGGCCCCCUGGCCGCCGCCGCCGCCGCCAGCCGCUAUGCUCACGUUAAAGGAUCAGCCUCCCACGGAAGCUCCAGUAGCGCCGUUGCCAACGACAGCGACAGCAGCGGCCGCAGCCGUAGCACCCACGGCAGUGCCGGAGCGGCGGCAGCGGCGGCAGUGCGCCAGCCACAGCCCUCGUCGCCGCAUGUUCCAUGCACGGAUGCGCUGACGUACAAUACCUGCCUAGCGCAAAGCCGCAGCACAGAUGUACCGCCAACACAAGCUGGCCCACCGGAGAACAAGCUACAGCCGCCGCAGCAGUGUCAGCAGCGGCAGCAGCAGCAAUGCCCGCAGCGCCAGGGAGGCUCAGGGCUGGGGCACCAGGGGCUGCUGAGGUCUGCUCCCUCGGCCAGCCCGGUGGCAUCGCCGGCAGCGGCGGCGGCUUUUCCCACCCCUGCGGCUACUGUCACCCUGGCUGAAGAACGCCUGGCCCGUUUGCGUUCCGAGUUUGCACGGCUGUACAGCAACUUGGUUUCGGAGGUUCUGCAGGACACCGCCGCCACCACGUCCGCGUCCGCCAGCACCGCAGCUGCCGCUACUGCCACUACAGCGACUGUUACUGCAGCUGUUGGCGCUGUCGGUCUGGGACUGUCGUGCAACUCUCGCUCUCCAGUGGCGGCGGCGCCGCCGCCGCUCCCGGUCCCGGUCCCGCCGCCACCGUUGCGUCAGCAAGGUCACCCUUCGAUAUCCCCAGCGGGGCUACAGCCUCCCGCCACCGCCGCCGCCGCGACGACCUCCUUCGCCUCCUCCUCCCCCGCCAAUAACGAUGUAGCUGUCGUCCCCGAGCCCUUCAGCCCCCAUGCCGGCGGCGGUGGCAACGGCGGCGCAAAGUCGUCUAGCCCUAGCGCCAACCCUGGCGGCUGCGGCAGCAGUGAACAACGGCCAUUGCCGUACCAUGCGGCGGGAAGCCCGCGACAGACCUCCCCUAGUGCACCAGCACGACAUCCAUCCGCCGAAUCGCUGUCGAGACCUUUCGGUGAGGUGGCGUGGGCGGCGCUGCAGCAAAAGGGCCCCGCGCCGGGCUUGUACGGCGCCCUUCUGGCCGGGUUUGCCAUAGAGAAUCAGCGUGAGCUGGCGUCAGCAGAGCCCAGCAGGUCUCCAUCUCCCGCCGGGGGCGCCGCUGACGUCAUGAACUUGCCGGGUGCGAGAGCAAGUGUUGGACGAGAAAACGUCGUACGGUACGACGACAAUGGUGUUGACGUCAGUACGGAUAGAGCAGGGAGCCACAUGCGUAAUGGAGGCGGUGGCGCCCGGGAGCCCAGCCUUUCAUGUACGAAAAGUCCAGAUUCAAUUAAGAGGGGGGCCGUACAGUACGGCAAUGAAAGUGAAACUUUGCUUACCCCUGCCACGGCCGUGGCUUGCUCUGGUGGCGGCGGCGGCGGCAUUGAAUCGGCCGGCAGCGGGGUUGGCGGCGGCGGCAGCAGCCCCAGCCCUAGCCCCAGCUCCACACGUGGACUCGAACACCUGCUAGAUAGCAGUAGUAGCAGCAGCGACAGCUGCGGAGGCGGAGGCACUGGCGGUGGCGUGGAGACGCCUGCCAAUCAAGUAGCCGCGGGCGCAGAAGCCUCCGGCAGUGAUAGCGAUGGUGGGUGCAACCCGCUGGAAGGUGAAGACAGCGGGGGCUCCGGCGAUGCGUCCCUGGGGUCGUGGAAUCCCCGUGUGGCGCGAGACGCCGUCGCCGUCGCCGCCGCCCUUGUCAACAAGAGCAGCAGUAGCAGCCCGCCGCCGUCACUACAUUCGCCGGCAGCCGCCGUCGCAGCCGCCGCUCCUGGCGCCGGUGUACCGACAAUGCAGGGGAGUCUUGCGGAGGCGCCCGCCGCCACCUUAUCCCCUACGGCGGGGACCUCAGGACUCGGGACCGGGACCAUUGUAACAGCCGCCGGCAGCGGCGCGCUGCAGGACAGACUGUACGAAACCCAGCUGGAACUGAUGGAACUUAGAGCCGCCAUGGAAAUCCAGCAGGUGUCCCACACGGCGGAGGUGUCACGUCUUCGGCGGCACCUGCGGCGCGCUGCGGUGUCAGAGGCGGAGUUGGAGGAUAUGGCUAUAGCCGCCUCUGUCGCUUCCCCAGCGGCGGCGGCGGCGUUGACGGUGACGGCGGCAGGCGAGUCGUAUACGGUCCAACGCUCGGUAGCAGCGCCGGCGCCGGCAUCCAUGGCGCUGGAUGCGUUGAUCAUGGCAUACGACGAGGAGAUCGAUGAGCUGCAGCGGCAGGUGGCGGUCCUCACCGCGGGCCAACGUGAGCUUGCACUCCAAUGCGCGGAGCAAGAGCUUGCGGAUAUGGCUAGGGACGCCAGGUACAGCGACCAGCGCGACUUGCUGAGAGGCGGCGGCGGCGGCAGUAGCCACGUGGACCCCGCGCCAGCCGGGUCGAUGGCCGCCGCAUCAGCACGUAAUGGCCGGGUGGCGGAGGGCGUAGCUGCAGCUACAGCCACCGACGUCCCAUCCGUGCCCCGCCGACGCAAGACCUCGGCGUCACCACCGCGACCGGGAGCUUCCGGCCGCUCUGCCGCAACGGCUUCACCGACCUCCGCUUCUGCAUGGUGGUCUCCGCAGCUACAGCCUCAAGCACGGCAACACCAGCACCAGCACCAGCAGCAACGGCAGCCACCACGCGGUCGUCAGCUUGCACGGGAAAGUCCGAGUACAGCUCCGGAUGCCGGUGCGCGGCGGCGGCGGCGCCACAGCUGCGGUCCCUACCUGGGGGGUGUCCCUCCAAGCUCAUCGCCUCGAUCUCCUUUUUCAGGCUCUCCGCAACGUCCGGCAGCAGCGCCGGAGCCACCGUUCUACAGCCGCCGCCUCCUACAUAGAAGCGCCCAUGGCGGCGGUCGACAUGGGCAGUUGCAGAUGUCCAGCUGCAGCCGGGAUGGAAGCCCUAUGAGACGGAAGAGAGAGGAUUGCAGCAACGACGGACUGGGAGCAGAGGGAGAGAGGGAGGGAGAGGAAGACUGGGGCUGGCUGAUGCAGGGGCGUACGACACGAAGCCGGCCGGGCACAGCAGGUGGCGGAGGGGCCGUUGGGUUGGUGGAGGUGGCGGUGGAGGCGGAGGCGGUGUGGCAGCAGGGCCGGAAGGAGAUGGGCGCGCUGCGGUCUGCUCUGCGUCAGGCGCACCGGCGGGAGAAGCAGCUGCGGGAGGGGCUGGCCGCGGCGCAGCGGCAGCGGCGUACGGCACUGCUUGAGGCCCGGGUGGCGGCGGGGGAACGUACCCGGCGGCAGUGGCUCGAGGCGCAGGUGACCGGUUUGACCAACCAGCUGGCUGCAGCCAGGACGGCCGUACAGGACGCCGCCGCUGCACGCGACUCCGCCGCGCGGGAAGUAGUGCAGCUGCGUACGGCGAACCGGGUGAUGGCCGCCCAACUGGAGGAUGUGCGACGCCUGAACGAGUCCCUUCUGGUGCAGCUAACCACGCGGACCGCCGGGCGCGUGGUGCAGCAGCAGCAGCAUUACUCGGACGAUGUGGAUCCUGAGCCAUUGGUGCCCGCCGCUAGAUAUCUGAGCACCACUGUGGCCUAG